GAGCGGCGGUGGGGACCGGGAAACAUCCCGGGGAGGAGAUAUCCUGCCAACAGCAAUGAGAAGACUGGGGUAGAAAUUCACAAUGGAGGCCAAAUCCGUGCUCAUCGGUGUGGAGGGGAUGACCUGCAAUUCCUGUGUUCAGACCAUUGAGCAGCAUGUUGGGAAGAUGAAUGGAAUCCAUAACAUUAAAGUCUCUCUGGAGGAUAAGAAUGCUGUCGUCAUUUAUGACUCCAAGCUCCAGACUCCAGUGACACUGCAGGAAGCCAUCUAUGACAUGGGAUUUGAUGCUACACUGGCUGAUUCAAACCCACAACCUGUUAUACCUGACACUAUUUUCCUUACCAUCCCUCCCCAGUCAGCCCUAACAACCAGACAGAUCUGUACCACACUGCUGAAGAACAAAGGGAUCCUGGACGUGAAGGUCUCCUCUGACCAAAAAACUGCAGUGGUGACUUUCAUUUCUUCCAUCAUAAAUGGCAGGCAGAUUAUCCACAUGGUCCCAGGAGUAGAUUUAAAUAUCUCUGCAGCAGAGGUGACCCCUGGACCUUGGGAAGAUCCCGUCUGGUCUCAGGCGAGCAGUGUUGUGCUGCGCCUGAAAGUGGAGGGGAUGACCUGUCACUCCUGCACCAGCACCAUCGAGGGCAGGCUUGGGAAACUGCAAGGAAUUCAGAGGGUUAGAGUGUCUCUGGACAAUCAGGAAGCUGUUGUUAUCUACCAGCCUCACCUAAUUACAGCAGAAGAAAUAAAACAUCAAAUUGAAGCAGCAGGUUUUUCAGCAUCCUUCAAAAAGCAGCCCAGAGCCCUGAAGCUCAGUGCCAUUGACCUGGAGAGGCUGAGGAAUGCUCAGCCCAAAGGCUCUGAGCCAGCACAGAGGGAAAACUCCAGUGGGGCUGGGAGCAGGACAGUUGUGUUCAGAGUGGAUGGGAUGCACUGCAAUUCCUGCGUCCUCAACAUCCAGGGCGCUGUGUCAGCACUCCCAGCAGUAACAGGGGUCGUUGUUUCAUUAGAGAAGAAAUCUGCUGUUAUAAACUAUAACCCAAACUUAAUUAGCAUAGACAGGCUGAGGAAAGCCAUAGAGGCCGUGUCUCCUGAGACGUUCAAAGUCAGCCUUCCUGAGGAGUAUGAAAACGUGGCACUUUUCCCCCCGCUGGCAUCUCCCCCGAAAUCUCACCCAGCUCUGAAGGAUCCCAGCCAGCCACUUACUCAGGUUGUUGUGAUCAAUAUUGAGGGGAUGACCUGCAGCUCUUGUGUGCAGUCCAUCGAGGGAGUCAUAUCCCAAAAGCCAGGUGUGAAAUCCAUUCAUGUCUCUCUCUCAAAUGGAAACGGGACUAUAGAAUAUGACCCGCUGCAAACAAGCCCAGCAGACCUGCGGUCCUCAAUAGAGGACAUGGGAUUCGAUGCGUCCUUUCCAGCAAAGGCAGAACUGCCUGUGGCCAAAGCUCAGCCCUCACCUGAAGCACAGCUGGACUCUCACAAACCUGAGCCAUCCUCCAAAGUGCCCCCAGCCCAGCUCAGGAGGCAGGAGACAAAGACCAUCUCCAAGUGCUAUGUCCAGGUGACAGGAAUGACGUGUGCUUCGUGUGUAGCCAACAUCGAGAGGAAUUUGAGAAGGGAAGAUGGAAUACAUUCAAUCCUCGUUGCCCUCAUGGCAGGAAAGGCAGAAGUGAGGUAUAAUCCUGCUGUCAUACACCCUUCAGCUAUUGCAGAGCUCAUUCGGGAGCUGGGAUUUGGAGCCACCGUGAUGGAAAACUGUGGUGAAGGAGAUGGAAUUCUGGAACUUGUUGUGAGAGGGAUGACAUGUGCUUCUUGUGUGCACAAGAUAGAAUCCACCCUCAUGAAGACUAAUGGUGUUUUAUACUGCUCAGUGGCUCUUGCAACCAACAAAGCACACAUCAAAUAUGACCCUGAGGCUGUUGGUCCUCGAGAUGUUAUACAAGUGAUAAAGGAUUUAGGUUUCACUACUUCCUUAGUCAAAAAGGAUAGAUCUGCUAGUCAUCUGGAUCACAAACAGGAAAUCAGGCAGUGGAAGAGGUCUUUUGUCGUGAGCUUUGUUUUCUGUAUCCCUGUCAUGGGGCUGAUGAUUUACAUGAUGGUGAUGAACGGUCAUCCUUCGGAUGCUCACACACAUCACAACAUGAGCAGUCAGGAGAGGGAGGCCUCUCACUCCUCUAUGGUCCUGGAUUACCAGCUCCUGCCAGGAUUGUCUGUUAUGAAUUUUCUGUCAUUUUUGCUCUGUGUCCCUGUACAGGUGUUUGGAGGGUGGCACUUCUACAUCCAGGCGUACAGGGCACUGAAACACAGCACUGCAAACAUGGACGUGCUCGUUGUGUUGGCCACCUCCAUUGCCUUCCUCUACUCCUUCGUUAUUCUCCUGGUGGCAAUGGCUGAGAAAGCAAAAGUGAACCCUGUCACGUUCUUCGACACCCCCCCGAUGCUGUUCGUGUUCAUCUCGCUGGGCCGGUGGCUGGAGCACGUGGCAAAGGGUAAAACCUCAGAAGCCCUGGCAAGACUAAUUUCAUUACAAGCUACUGAAGCUACUAUUGUUACCUUGGGCCCUGAUAACGUUCUUUUAAGUGAAGAGCAAGUCGAUGUUGAGCUGGUUCAACGGGGUGACAUUGUCAAAGUGGUCCCAGGAGGCAAAUUCCCAGUGGAUGGUCGUGUUAUUGAAGGCCACUCCAUGGUAGAUGAAUCACUCAUCACAGGUGAGGCGAUGCCUGUGACUAAGAAGCCUGGCAACACCGUCAUUGCAGGGUCCAUCAACCAGAACGGGUCCCUGCUCAUCGCCGCCACCCACGUCGGGGCUGACACCACCCUGUCCCAGAUUGUUAAACUCGUGGAGGAGGCCCAGACCUCAAAGGCUCCCAUCCAGCAAUUUGCAGACAAACUUAGUGGCUACUUUGUUCCUUUUAUUGUGGCUGUCUCUGUGGUUACCCUUCUUGCCUGGAUUAUAAUUGGGUUUGUGGAUUUUGGAAUAGUGGAAAAAUACUUUCUGGGUUACAGCGAGAGCCUCUCCUCGGCGGAGGUGAUCAUCCGCUUCGCCUUCCAGGCCUCCAUCACGGUGCUGUGCAUCGCCUGCCCCUGCUCCCUGGGCCUGGCCACCCCCACGGCCGUCAUGGUGGGCACGGGCGUGGGGGCCCAGAAUGGCAUCCUCAUCAAGGGGGGGGAGCCCCUGGAGAUGGCACACAAGGUGAAGGUGGUUGUAUUUGACAAAACAGGGACCAUCACCCACGGGACUCCAGAAGUGAUGCAGGUGAAGUUUCUGGUGGAGGGUAACCAACUACCCUGUCAUAAACUGCUGGCAAUAGUGGGGACUGCAGAGAGUAACAGUGAGCACCCUCUUGGAGCAGCAAUAACCAAAUACUGCAAAAAGGAACUGGACUUGGAAACCCUUGGGACAUGUACAGAUUUUCAGGUAGUUCCAGGCUGUGGCAUUAGUUGUAAAGUCACCAAUAUUGAAGCAUUGCUCUACAGGAAAAAUAGAAUGGUUGAAGAAAACAAUAUUAAAAACGCAACUCUCGUGAAAAUUGAGGAAAAUACAGAUGAAUCAGUGCAGCCUGCUUUGAUUAUUGAUGCUGAGCUACCAACUACUGUGACUUCUCAGAAAUACUCUGUUCUCAUUGGGAACCGGGAGUGGAUGACCAGGAACGGGCUCCUUGUGAGGAGUGAGGUUGACAAAGCCAUGAUGGAGCACGAGCGGAGGGGCCGCACGGCCGUUCUGGCAGCUGUGGAUGGAGUGCUGUGUGGCUUGAUAGCUAUUGCUGAUACUGUGAAGCCAGAGGCUGAGCUGGCAGUCUACACUUUGAAGAGCAUGGGGUUAGAAGUUGUCCUCAUGACUGGUGACAACAGCAAAACAGCCCGAUCCAUUGCCUCUCAGGUUGGCAUCACCAAAGUGUUUGCAGAGGUUCUUCCCUCCCACAAAGUGGCCAAAGUGAAGCAGCUCCAGGACGAGGGGAAGCGGGUGGCGAUGGUGGGGGACGGGAUCAACGACUCCCCUGCCCUUGCCAUGGCCAACGUGGGCAUCGCCAUCGGCACCGGCACCGACGUGGCCAUCGAGGCAGCUGACGUGGUUCUCAUCAGGGAUGACUUGAUGGAUGUGGUAGCAAGCAUAGAUUUAUCAAGGAAAACUGUGAAGAGGAUCCGGAUCAACUUUGUCUUUGCCCUGAUUUAUAAUCUCAUUGGAGUUCCCAUAGCUGCAGGUGUCUUCCUGCCCAUUGGGUUGGUUUUGCAGCCCUGGAUGGGAUCUGCAGCAAUGGCUGCCUCCUCUGUCUCUGUUGUGCUUUCUUCUUUACUGUUAAAGAUGUACCAGAAACCAAGAUCUGAGAAACUGGAGUUCAGGGCCCGUGGCCAAAUGAGGCACAAGAGCCCAUCAGAGAUCAGUGUCCACGUUGGCAUUGAUGAGGCUGGGCCUGGCUCCCCCAAGCUGAGCCUGAUGGAUCGAAUCCUGCAUUACAGCAGGGCCUCCAUAAACUCUCUGUUCUCAGACAAGCGCUCCGUGAACAGCAUCGUCCUCACCGAGCCAGACAAGCACUCGCUGCUCGUGGGGGAUUUUGGGGAGGACGAUGACACGGCCUUAUGAGAGACUUGAACCCCCUCCUCCCACCCCCACUGAGGCAAAACAAAGAGAAACACCUGGAACAAAAUGAAAACACAACCAAAACAGCUGUCUGAGGUCUGUGCAUGUACUGAUCCCUCUGGAGGUCUUUCUUCUUCAGUGUAGAGGUAGUUUUUGCAGUGACUUUCCAGAGUAUUUUUUGUUUUUUUUUUUUUUAAUCUAGACUUACCAAAAAAUCUGGUGCGUAGCUGUUGAUGCUGACAAACAGGGCUGUGUUCCCAUUCCAUGAAGCUUGCAGUAUAGCAUUUAUUUUGGCAAAUUGUCAAAAUACAACCAAGGAAACCAAGGAACCAGAACAAUAUUUCCCAGCCUUAUACCAGGCUACUUUAUGCAUAGUCGAGUUCAGUACCGUGUUGAAAAAUUGUGAAUUACUGCAUCUGCAAAAUCUGGAGGUUCUGUUUGCAGAGAGAUGUGCCUUACUUCAGAACUUCCUGAACCCCUCUCGUUUCCAUAGCCUGCCUUUUGCCAGAAGUGGUUCCUCUCAAAUGCCUUUUCAUUUUAUAAACAUCUGGUUUCAGCUUUUCACACUGAGCUUCAGGUGAUCUCCCCGUGUGCUCCGGGUUCCUGCGCAGCACAGACAGAGAGGUUUGGGGUCACACCCACACUGAGCUCUGCACAUCGUGCCCUGGGACACUCCUGCUGCUGACACUGCUUGAAGGUUGGCUGGGUUGGGAGGUUUGUUCAUUCCCAGCCUCUCCUAAGCCAAAAACUUCUGCAACAUGUGAAUGCAACCUCAGUGUGAUGUGCAUUAGCCAAAGUGUUCAGAUUUAGGAAGGCAGUGUGGUUACUGCUCACCACCAGUGUCUGCUGGCACUCCUUAAAUGAAUCAGGAGAGUUUGUCACACAGACUACCUUCAAAAUCUUUACAGUUCAGUCUUUCCUUCUAAAGAUAAGUGUCUGUAUACCAGGAACGGUUCAGAAUCCCUCCGUGGGUUGGUGCAAACCCCCUUUGCUUGGACUGUUCAGAUCCAGGCUUUGUGAAUUGAGACAGUCCUCGUUUGCUACUGAACUGCAGUAUCAAAAUUCAGGUUUUGAUCAUGAAAUCAUUAAUACUAAAAAUACUGUUGGUGAGAAAAGAGAUGUUUUUCACCCAGUAGCUGGUUACCUGUUGGUUACUCCCUGAGCCUGCUGCCAAGGUGGCAGCAAUUCCUGGGAUCAGUAAAGUUGGAUUUCAUUAGGAGGUACAGCCCAUGGUGUAAACAUGUCCCAGUCGUGCUUGUGGAGGAGAAAUACUCAGUUCAGUUUGGCAUAUGAUAAAGAGAUCUCUGUAAUGUUCUGGUUCUUAACUUGAAGCCUGAUGUCAGGGCAUAGAUUGUGUAUGUAAAAAGUCAUGAGUAAACAGCUUUUGCAUUUUGUCUGAGAACUACUAGAAAAGUCCUGCUGUGUGAGAGCAGAAGAGCUGUGCUGUGGCUGUUGUCAGUAAAUCAGUAUACUCACAUUGCAGUGAGGAGAACAUCAUCAUGUGUUGCUACUGCUAGUUUAAAAAACAAAAUAUUUCUGCUGCAGGAUUUUUGAUUUUUAAUAUCUCUAAUGAAAACAGAGUAUUUUUAAAAAUUAAGAUUAUAGCUGUAUGUAAUAGGUAGUGUUGUUACAUGCUGAGAUAGAUCACUGCAAAGCCAUUCCAUGAGGUGUUCCCACUUGGCAGCAGCAGAGCUGUUCUUACAAAGCAGGUUGUUACCCGAAAGCUGUUUAAUCAUGUUAUGAUGGGUUUUAGUGCUUCACAGUCAUGCAAACUCUUUCCAAGGAUUUCAGUUUCCUUGUUUAUGCACCCUCGUUCUGCGUGUUGUUCUUGGCACAGUUCUGCAGGUGAAAGGGAAGUGUUGAGCUGGUUUUGAUUGUGCUCUGGGUGGUCUCAGUCACUGCUCCUGAGGGGAGUGUCAGGGCUGCAGGUGCUGGUUGUGGAGUGGAUGGCAUGGAAAUGACACAUCAGGGCUCUUCCUGCUGGAAAUGGGGAGGUGGUUCAGGGCUAAAUUCCUGGUUGGUAGAUAAAAGCAGCAUCAAGAACUUGUUAAACUAUUUCCAAGUAUAUUUUUAGAGCACUUUGCCUCUUGUUGUCCAAAUUGUAUGUAGGUGAAUGUUUACAGCAGACUGCUGCCUUUAUCUCCAACUUUGUCCCAACACAGAUGUUUUUCCAUGUUUACCAUUUUCUGUGAAACUCAGUGUUUGAUCCUGUUACAACAAAAUAAGGCUCCUUUUCCAAACCAGGAUACCCAAUGAUGUGCAGAGAUGAUUAUCAGGGAAUAAGGAGCAGUAAAUGCUGGCUGGGAGGGAUGGGAGAGCAGCUUGGAGGGACAGCCAGAGGACCAGACUCCGGGGAGAGGAAAUAACUGAGCCCAAGGAUGGAUGGGGACAAGGUGGUUGUGAUAAAUUCAACCAGAUCUUUGGAAGCAGGUUGUCUGUCCAAUACUCCCCAAAGGUGUGCUAAUGACUUCCACAAUGUUUAUCUUGUGAUUAAAAUAUUACAUAAGGUGCUUUAUGUUGAAAAACCAAAAUGUCUUUCAGUUUGAAUGUACAGUGCAAAUGGAAUAAUGUGGGAGCUAAAUGUAAAUGUUUUAAUAUGUAAAUAGGUUUAUUCCUGUUGUAGACAGUUUGGAUUCAGAAAUUUAAGAUAUCACUUGGAAACACACAGUUACAAACAAAAUUGUAUUACUCCUUUGUCUAUUUUAUUGUUUUCUGUGUCUAUUUAUAAAACCUGUGCUCUAUUUAAUAAAAAAGUAUAUUUGCUCCAGGUUUUAAAAGUUGCUCUUUGAAUCUUACCAAACUUAUUUAAACUUCUAAGAGUUCAAAACACUUGAAAUUUUAUACCAAAAAAAAAAGAACGUGAAGUUGACAACACAGUUGAAGCAAGCAAACAUUUUUAUUUAUUAAAAACUAUGCCUAUUUUUUUGCUUAGAAGUUCCAACAAAAUGUUUUAAACUUGAGAAUUUUUUUUAUUCAAUUUUGCUACGAAGAGAAGUGAAUGCUGGUGUGGAAUGUUAAUGCAGGGCUAUUACAGUUCUUUGCAUCUAGAAACAUUUUCUCAUGCUUUCUAUUCUUUUAAGACUGUGCCUCCAUCAUUAUAAUGGCAAUUACAAGUCACGUAAUAAAAAUGUGACUGAAGGCUGCUUUAAAUCA